AUGAAGCAGAAGUCAGUAGAUUCAUUGGACGCUUAUAUGGCGUCUUUAGCGCUGCCGUCAAGCAAUCAGUUAAUGUCUAUGGCUCAAGCAAGAGCCGAGUACAAUACGAAUCGCUCAGCUGUUUGUAAUGGCGUCUCCGUGGUUGUAAAAAACCGCCGCUAUCGACAUCUACAGCAGCUGCUGGAGGAAGACAUUUCUAAGAACCACUUUUUCUCGGACGCCAUGAUGCAGCAGCGGAGCCCUGCGCUCUUCCACUUUUACUUGGGGCAGUAUCUAGGACUUGACAGACGAGCUAAGUCGUCGUCACUAGAUGAGACAAAACAUACAUUGUCCUCCUUCUUGAUGGACACUUGUCAACGCAGUGAGAUGGAAGCUCGACGGAUGGCGGAGCAAGAGACUUGGGGACAUUUUAUUGCUGCAGAUGAAGAAAGAGAACAGAUUCGACUCCAGCAUUUGUAUGCAGACGAUAAUAUUGAGAAAGAGAAGGAAGAGGAGGAAGGGGAAGAAGAAGAUGCAGUUGUGUUUACAACCGACGAACGACGAAAACAACUCAUACAGAUCAUGAGCACUAGAUUUCUUCAUGGUGAGGACGGAGAGUACGUCAAUUAUGCAGAGAUUGAUGCUGACGAGACCCUCGAUGACUUGGUUGAGAUGCAACGCGAUGCAGAAGAUCGCUACUUCGCAGACGGAAGAGACACAGUUUAUUGA